AUGUCCCGAAGACAAGACUAUCUGGUGCGAGUGCGGUAUCAGAAUGAGCUGCCUCCUCCGGAGCUGCCUCCCAAAAUGCUCAACAUACCCGUGCCUCCGGAAAAGCUGACAUCUCUGGGAAUUAACAUUCUGUCCGACAUGCAACGACGAGAAAGUCCGCAAAUCAAUGUGGACAACGAUCUGGGAAUGCCCCUGGAUCUGACGGAGAUUCGAGGUGUGUUUGAGCAGGACGACGAAUCCGGUCUGCUGCCUCUGGAGAAUCUUCCCGAGCUGGAUCCUCGAGAUUUGGUUCUUCUGAAGGAGCCCCAAUCCACCGGCAACAAGUCACAGCCCGGCGUGGCAUUCCUGCGACGAACCGAGUACAUCUCUAGCGAGGUUUCCGGCGGCCGAAAACUCGAGACGCUCAGUGCUUCGCAGCGUCGACUGGCACAAAAGACUCUGGAGGAGAGCUUCCAGGACCCCGAGUCACAGCUACGAGCGGUCGAGGCGACUUUCGAGGCUGCCAACACGGACAUCAAGACGCUCAAGCACCCCAAAAAACCCCAUCUCACGGCCGUGGAGUCGUUCCCCAUUCUGCCCAACUCGCAGAUUUUCGAUCUCACUUUCCUGACCAUGAAGAUGGUGGGAUCUGCCGUCGGAGUGCCCCCACUGCCCGAUGGAUCGCCCGACCCCAAGAUGUCUGUGUCGCUGUUCCGACCAAUGACGCUGGAGACGGACGAGUGGAUGAGCAUGUUCCUGACCAAGGACGAGGAGUCCAAGGACCUCAAGCGACAACUGGACUCGACCGACGAGCACGUGGCCGACGACAAACACGUGUACCGGUUCGAACACAAGCGAGACUAUGAUAUGGAUCUUCAGAUGAAUGCCAGCCAGUUCGAGGAGAUUGUCAUCGACGUCGAUCUGGACAAGCCUGGAUCGGUUGCCCACUACGUGCCUGUGCAGGGUAAGACCAACCUCAAGCGACGACGAGUGCUCAAGUCGCUGCGGUCACAGAUUAAGGAACACAACAUUGCCGCCAUUGAUCUGACUCUGCGAGAUAUCACGGCUGAGGAGAGCAUUCUCAGAGACAAUACUCGAGCCGAGUACGACCCGGUCAGUUAUACGGUGAUGGAUCUUCCCGAGAGUGAAGAGGAAGAUGAGGAGGACGAGGAUGAAGAGUAA